AUGUCUGCCCCAAAGCCCAAGCUGAUCAUUCUCCACAUCGGGGACUCGAUCCAAUAUAAUAUCGACACCUACAACCGUCUCGCCUCUCAGUUCACCAUCAUCCAGCCCUCAGUUGAAGAGAGGCAACGGGAUGCUUUCACAAAAGCCCUCAAAGAGAAGAAAUGGGGCGACUUUGAUGCCAUAUGCCGUCCGUAUUGGAAUUCCGGAGGUGAAAUGGGCCGCUGGGAUCGGGAGUUGGUUCCGUUGCUGCCGCAGUCGGUCAAGGUGUUUGCCAGUGCUGGUGCUGGAUAUGACUGGGCGGAUGUUGAUGUUUUGGCUGAACAUGUUAUGCGUCUAUAUGCAGUACAUUAUAGCGGAGAGAACGCUUAUAUCUCGCUCGCAGGUAUCCUCUACUGCAACGGUGCAGCAGCAUCAUCUGAAGCUGUCGCUGAUACAGCCAUCUACCAUAUCCUCAACGUAUUUCGCAAUCUCAAGUGGUCCCUGACUGCGGCCCAUUCCGGUGAUGCUGCGCAAUGGCAAGAAGCCCACAAGGGAACGCAGCUCACAGCCUGGAACCCGAAUGGUCGGCCUCUAGGCUUAAUUGGUCUGGGUAACAUCGGAUACACAAUCGCCCAAAAGGCGUACCGUGCCUUUGGCAUGAAGAUCUUCUACCAUGACCCCUAUCGCAAGAGCCCUGAGCAGGAAAGGGCCAUCGAGGCUACUUACUGUUUCACGAAUGAGGAUCUGGUCGCCCAAGUAGACUGUGUCGUGCUAGCUAUGCCUUUUGGUGGCAAGGAGAUUAUUGAUGCCAAUUUGCUCUCCCAUUUCCGCAAGGGAUCGCGUUUUGUGAACAUCGCCCGCGGUAAGUUGGUUGAUGAAGAGGCCGUUAUUGCUGCUCUGGAAUCGGGCCAAUUGCAUGCUGUCGGUCUCGACGUCCAGUAUAAUGAACCCCAUGUUCAUCCUAAAAUGGCUCAAAUGCGUAAUGUAGCCUUGACUUGCCACACUGCCGGCGGUGCUAUGGAUACUGUGCUUGGGUUUGAACGAUUAGCCAUGGAGAACUGCGAACGUGUCUUGCUUGGCCAGGGUCCGUUAACGGCUGUAAAUAAGCACCUGAUCAGAAAAUAG